AUGAACAAUUACAUUGCGAAUGCCUCCAUCACCAGUUUGAAUGACGAAUCGCAAAAGAGUGAAUUGCAAAAGGACACUAGAGAAGACAGCCAAAGCAACAACAAGGACUUUGAGAUGGAUGAAGAGGAAUGCAACCAAGAAAUCAACAUCCUGGAAAUUGAGAUAGAAAUUGACGCUUGCCACAAAAAAGCAGCAGAAAAGUUGAUAAAGGUUCUGGAAAACCCCAAGACUAAACUCAACAAUAUAAGAAAGGUCCAAGAAGAGGUGGCCAACACCAAAGAGCGUUGGGUGGCUUUCUGUGAUGCCCAAGAGAUGAUGUCCAGCCCAUCAGCCGUUGAGCUUUGUGGUGGACCAGUCUGUCAGACCAACAAGGCGGUCCACGACUCCAUCGCCGCGUUUUUGAACGACUUCAAAGUGCAGCUCCGGGCACACAACCUGGAUUUUGAUCAGCACUGGGAAUGCUUGUUCUGGCUUACCUGUGACGAGAGACAACGCGUCUCAUUUGAGAAGACAAGGGCCAGAAGAGGUUUGAAGUGGAAGGAGGUAUGCCAGCAGCUAGAAAGCGAGCACAGUAACCCGUACCACCUGUGGAUCAAGAAGCAUGAAGUCCACUGUAUGCUGCAAAAGCCAGGAGAGCUCGUCAGAGCAUACGUGGAAAGAUUCCUGGUCAGCGUUCAUGCCGCCAACCUUGACAGUAGUGACGAGCUUGUAUGGCUCUUCACCUUCAAGCUGUUGAGACCUCACUACGGCUUGGUUGUUCCCAAGAACAUACACCAGGUCAUACCGUUGAUUAUGGCCACUAGUGGUGAGGAGACAGACUUCCUGUUCCAAGAGGAACGGACCACAAGUGGUACCAAGAGAUACCAAGAAGACAAUCACGAGUACACUGGCAGCAAAAGAGAAUGUGGUGAAUUCUGUAGAGAACGAUGUAAAAACAAUCACAACAACAGAGGAUCCUGCCCUUUGCAUCCCAAGGGCAGACACAGCAAAGACAAAUGCCACAUACUCAAGAGUAUUACAAGCACAAAGAAUAAGACCUUCACACCACCAGCACCAAGACCAGCACCCCUCUGCCGUUACUGUCAUAAAGUUCCAUACUUCAACGGGCACAAAUGCCCUGAGUUUCAGUUGGCCAAAGCCAAAAAGCCAGUAUUUGCAAACUGCAGCACAAGAACAGUCAACAGUGAGGAUGCACUGGAUAGUAGAAUUGAGCUGGACCUGAGCCAACUCAAUCUACAAGCACAAGAUAAACACCUUAACAUUCACCACCUCACUGCACCGCCACAUAAUGAUGGCUCACUCUAUGUUCCUAUAAUUGUUCAGAGUAGCUGGGUGUGGGCACUGGUGGACUCCAGAGCAAACACUUCUUUCAUUUCUCCAGACCUUGUCUUCUCUCUCUCUCUACCUAUCACUAAAUGUAGUUCAAAAAAGCAGCACAUUUAUUUAGCAUCAGAGAAUAGCUUAGCGGAACAUUUAGGCACUGUUGAGAACCUUUCAUUAUCUUAUAUGAGUCAUAAACUGAAUCACAACUUCGUAGUAAUGAGUUUAGCCUUAGGCACACAGAUGAACAUUGGCACAGACUUAAUGCCCAGACUGGGCAUGGCAAUUACAAACUUAGCAACUACUUGGGAUGAUCAAAAAAGCGAUUCAUUGAGAGAAAACACUCCAGAUGAUGUGCCAGAACCUAAUAAAUCUCCUGCUGGCACAUCUGAGAAGCAAAAACAGUUUAUGGAAGCUAUAGAACAAUCUAUCAGAUCUAACAAACUUAUUCCUAAAACAUCAUUUUGCACUAUACACUGGUUCCUUCUUGCUAAUGAACCUGGGAAGUUAACAAUCUCCGGAACUGUUACACACCAGGCACACGUACACUACACACUCAUACAGUGUAAACCAACCAUUACACAACAGGGAUUUGAAUUACAGGGAUUUGAAUAG